GGCGUUGAGGUCCUUCACAAACGAAAGGGUGAUGCAAGGCGUGUUCUGCUUCGGAAAAUGAUUGAGGUUAUGAACUCUUUAGGUCGUUUUGCAAUUUUUCCUUGAAAAACCGAGUUGCUUGUGCUGUCAUCGCAGCCAUGGCCAAGUACAUCGUGCAGAUCAUCAUGGUGGGCGCUACGGCCGUGGGGCGUGCCUUCACUAGAGCGCUGAAGCAGGAAAUAGCUGCCAGUCAACAAGCGGCACAGCGAGCAGGGGGAGGUCGGGAAGGGGCCAAGAGUGCGGCCACCAGUGCCAAAAGUGGGAUAACUAUUGAGGAGGCCAAGCAAAUCCUUAACAUCAAAGACCAACAUAUAGACCCCAAGGAACUCCAGGAGAAGUAUGACUUCCUGUUUAAAAUUAACGACAAAGCGAAGGGAGGAUCCUUUUAUCUCCAGUCCAAAGUGUACAGAGCGAAAGAACGACUUGAUGCAGAACUUGCAGCGCAAGACAAGCAACCUCCCAAGAAGGGCACGGAAAGUGAUGAAAGUAAAGUAAAUAGUUAGGUUGUAGUCUAUUUAUAUUAUAGAAUGUGACAAGUAGUAAUAAGUUCCCUGAGAGCCUCUUGUGCAAUCACUUCCUAUUUGCUCACAUGCAUGUACUUAUGCUCAUGAAUUCUAUGAAGUGUAAAAAGAUUAGGACGUUACAUGCUGGAUGUUACAUUUGUCUUUGAUAAGCUGACUGUAUAACUCCACUGUCUUAAUUGGUUUUUCACUGUGUCAUCCUUUGUUGAAAACCGUUUCAUUAUAUUAGUAAUUGUUUUAAUGAGGUGUGUACCUGUAUACAUUAAGUUUCUGCCCUUCUACUACUGAUUUUUGUUAUUGUACAUUUUAAAGAUGAUUGUGUUUUAGCUCUGCUCUCGUUGUACUUUCUAUAUAUUUCAUAUCUGUGUGAGUGACAGUAUGUGAAUGACUGUAUGAUGGACUGUAUCUUUGACUGUUGAUAAAUACUUUAGAGUGCAAUACCUGUGAUUUAGCACGCUAAAAUCAGUUAAAUAAAUAUAAAUGUAGCCAA